CCCUAAAAAAAAGCAAAAAAAAAAAAGAGGUUACACAGCCUUUUCGCCCCUGGAGAUUAGAGACACAAACCCAGCGUGCUUUUCUUUGGUGGGUAGAAAGCAAGAUGCACUGAGUGAGAAGGGACUUGGGCAUGGGGGAUGCCAGGUAGGUUUUCAAUUUCGUGUUUACUCCAGGUCAGCAGCUGAGCUAUUCCUCACAUGGGGGAGGAGAUUAGAGGUGAUUCAGACCUGCCAGUUUGCUGUGUUGCAGCUUAGCUUUUAUUUGGGGCAGGUGAAGGAGAUACCAAACACACACGCCCCCAAAAGGUCCAUGUGGAGUUCAAAUGGGAAACCAGUCACUGUUCUGCAGCUCUCUAGCUGUGUGAUUUGGGAUAAGUUGCUUAACCUCUCUGAGCUGGCAUUCACAGUUUAUACUUUGGUAUAUUUCCUUUCAGUCUUUUCCUGUGCGUUUUAGGUGCUUGUUAGAGAUCAGUCGUGCCCUAUAUUUCACCCUAAUCUUUAAAGAUGAAAGUCUUGUUUGGGUAAGGUGUUGUUUAAGCCCCCCUUGAAAGAGCAGUUUGCCAGCCUGUGCUUGCCCAAACAUUCAGAAAGUAACUGUGGCAAGCCAAGCUCCAGGAUCUGCAAGAAUCGUUAGCAACUGAGCAUAUUUCUAUAAACCAAUAAAGGUUUUUAUAUUUUGUUCAUCUGUUACCCUUAUGCUGUUGCCACUUUCACAUUCCACGUGUGUAGGUGGAGAGUAUGAGAUAACAGCGUUUCAGAAAUGAAAGUGAGUGGAAAAGGGCCGCUUUCCCUUUAAGGCAGCUUCAUUUCCCCAGCUCCCUCCCCUUUCCUGAUUGACAAACCUAACCCAAGUCACAUGAUCCGCCUCUAUUUGAAGGUCACAAAAAGCUGCUUCCUUUAGAGACAGAGGGGGAGAGAGAGAGCAAGAGGGAGAGUGAGUGUGAGAGUUAGUUCAAGCCAAAAUGGCCGACAGAGUCUCUGCUGGUUUCUGAAUAUUUAAAAUACAAAAAAACAGAUAGACAAAAAGAAAUCAUUUUUUGGACCUUUUUUCAUUUCCAUUUCUACCUUGUAUGCCUCAAUUUGCUGGAUUUAAGCACUGCUGCACUUUAUGAGAGAGAAGGAGCAAGAAAGGGAAGAACAGUUAAUGGAAGACAAGAAAAGGAAGAAAGAGGAUAAAAAGAAAAAAGAAGCCACUCAGAAGGUCACGGAACAAAAAACCAAAGUGCCCGAAGUGACGAAACCAAGUUUAAGCCAACCAACGGCCGCCAGCCCAAUUGGCAGCUCUCCAUCGCCACCAGUCAAUGGUGGCAACAAUGCCAAAAGGGUGGCAGUGCCGAACGGACAACCGCCAAGCGCCGCCCGCUACAUGCCUCGGGAGGUGCCGCCGCGAUUCCGUUGCCAGCAGGACCACAAAGUGUUACUGAAACGGGGGCAGCCCCCUCCACCGUCCUGCAUGCUCCUCGGGGGUGGGGCAGGGCCUCCUCCCUCCGCCGCACCCGGAGCAAACCCAACCAACGCACAAGUGACAGGAACGCUGCUGCCGAGCGAGAGUGGGCCGGCGCCAGAGUCAACCCUUGGAGGUGCUGCUGCUUCAAAUUAUGCAAAUUCCACUUGGGGCCCGGGAGCCUCCUCCAACAACGGCGCCUCCCCCAACCCAAUUCACAUCUGGGACAAGGUGAUUGUAGACGGGUCUGACAUGGAAGAGUGGCCUUGUAUUGCCAGCAAAGACACUGAGUCUUCUUCCGAAAACACCACCGAUAACAACAGUGCCUCGAACCCUGGCUCUGAGAAGAGCGCUCUGCCAGGAAGCACCACUAGUAACAAAGGAAAAGGGAGCCAGUGCCAGUCUGUGAGUUCCGGGAACGAAUGUAAUCUUGGGGUCUGGAAAUCUGACCCAAAGGCUAAAUCUGUUCAAUCUUCCAGCUCGACUACAGAGAGCAACAAUGGACUAGGAAAUUGGAGGAAUGGGAGUGGUCAGGAUAGAAUUGGACCUGGCUCUGGCUUCAGCAACUUUAACCCAAAUAGCAACCCAUCUGCCUGGCCAGCGCUGGUCCAAGAAGGAAAUUCUAGGAAAGGGGCAUUGGAAACGGAUACUAGUAAUUCCAGUGCACAGGUUAGCACAGUAGGUCAGGCAUCCAGGGAACAGCAGUCAAAGAUGGAAAAUGCGGGUGUUAAUUUUGUUGUCUCUGGCAGAGAACAGGCUCAAAUUCAUAACACUGAUGGACCAAAAAAUGGAAACACUAACUCCUUGAACUUAAGUUCACCAAACCCCAUGGAGAAUAAGGGAAUGCCCUUUGGAAUGGGCUUGGGGAACGCCUCCAGGAGCACUGAUGCCCCUUCACAAAGCACUGGAGAUCGAAAGACUGGGAGUGUUGGAUCUUGGGGUGCAGCUAGGGGGCCUUCUGGAACUGACACAGCCUCUGGACAAAGCAAUUCUGGAAACAAUGGGAACAAUGGAAAGGAUAGAGAGGACUCCUGGAAAGGAGCUUCUGUUCAGAAAUCAACCGGGUCAAAAAAUGACUCUUGGGACAACAAUAACAGGUCUACGGGUGGGUCCUGGAACUUUGGCCCUCAGGACUCUAAUGACAACAAAUGGGGUGAAGGGAACAAAAUGACAUCUGGGGUCUCUCAGGGAGAAUGGAAACAGCCGACUGGGUCUGACGAGUUGAAAAUUGGAGAAUGGAGUGGUCCAAACCAACCAAAUUCUAGCACUGGAGCAUGGGACAAUCAAAAGGGCCACCCCCUCCCUGAAAACCAAGGCAAUGCCCAGGCUCCCUGUUGGGGAAGAUCUUCCAGCUCCACAGGAAGUGAAGUUGGAGGUCAAAGCACUGGAAGCAACCACAAAGCAGGAAGUAGUGACAGUCACAAUUCUGGCCGCCGGUCGUACAGGCCCGCACAUCCUGAUUGUCAGGCCGUCUUGCAGACUCUUUUGAGCCGAACUGAUUUGGACCCCAGGGUGCUCUCAAACACUGGCUGGGGCCAAACUCAAAUUAAGCAGGACACAGUGUGGGAUAUCGAGGAGGUGCCAAGGCCCGAGGGGAAAUCUGACAAAGGAACUGAGGGGUGGGAGAGCGCUGCCACACAGACCAAGAACUCAGGGGGCUGGGGAGACGCACCCAGCCAAAGCAAUCAAAUGAAGUCUGGAUGGGGGGAGCUCUCAGCCUCUACAGAGUGGAAAGACCCCAAGAACACAGGAGGCUGGAAUGACUAUAAGAACAAUAACUCUUCCAACUGGGGAGCAGGACGACCAGAUGAAAAGACAUCUUCCUCUUGGAAUGAGACUCCCAGCAAGGAUCAGGGGUGGGGAGGCGGUCGCCAGCCCAGUCAAGGAUGGACUUCUGGAAAGAAUGGUUGGGGAGAGGAAGUUGAUCAAGCGAAAAACAGCAAUUGGGAGAAUUCUGUGAGUAAACCUGUGUCCGGGUGGGGUGAAGGAGGGCAGAAUGAGAUUGGGACUUGGGGCAACGGUGGGAAUGCAAGCCUAGCUUCAAAAGGCGGGUGGGAAGAUUGCAAGAGGUCUCCAGCUUGGACGGAGACAGGCAGACAGCCCAAUUCCUGGAACAAACAGCACCAACAGCAGCAGCCGCCACAGCAGCCGCCGCCACCACAACCAGAGGCUUCUGGUUCCUGGGGAGGCCCAGCCCCACCCCCUCCAGGCAAUGGACGACCUUCCAAUUCCAACUGGAGCAGCGGGCCGCAGCCAGUAACCCCCAAGGACGAGGAACCCAGUGGCUGGGAAGAGCCAUCCCCACAGUCAAUUAGUCGGAAGAUGGACAUUGAUGACGGCACUUCAGCGUGGGGAGACCCUAGCAGUUACAACUACAAGAAUGUGAACCUGUGGGAUAAGAAUUCCCAAGGGGGCCCAGCACCUCGAGAACCAAACCUGCCUACCCCGAUGACCGGUAAAUCAGCAUCAGUCUGGAGCAAAAGCACACCACCUGCUCCAGAUAAUGGUACUUCAGCGUGGGGUGAGCCAAACGAAAGCAGUCCUGGGUGGGGUGAAAUGGAUGACACAGGAGCAUCGACCACAGGCUGGGGGACCGCACCCUCCAAUGCUCCAAAUGCCAUGAAACCUAAUUCCAAAUCUAUGCAAGACGGCUGGGGGGAGAGUGACGGGCCCGUGACAGGAACUCGCCAUCCCAGCUGGGAAGAGGAGGAGGAUGGAGGCGUCUGGAACACCGCCGGCUCUCAGGGAAGUGCUUCCUCCCACAACUCAGCAAGCUGGGGACAAGGAGGAAAGAAGCAAAUGAAGAACUCACUAAAAGGAGGAAACGAUUCAUGGAUGAAUCCUCUUGCCAAACAGUUUUCAAAUAUGGGAUUGCUGAGUCAAACUGAAGAUAAUCCAAGCAGCAAAAUGGAUUUGUCUGUAGGGAGCCUUCCAGAUAAAAAAUUCGAUGUGGACAAGCGAGCAAUGAAUCUCGGGGAUUUUAAUGAUAUCAUGAGGAAGGAUCGAUCUGGGUUCCGUCCACCUAAUUCCAAAGACAUGGGAACCACAGAUAGUGGGCCUUAUUUUGAGAAGCUGACUUUGCCUUUCUCCAAUCAAGAUGGGUGCCUUGGGGAUGAGGCUCCCUGCUCUCCCUUCUCCCCUUCUCCCAGCUACAAGCUGUCUCCCUCUGGUUCCACACUACCCAACGUCAGCCUUGGAGCAAUCGGCACAGGGCUCAACCCCCAAAACUUCGCUGCUAGACAAGUUUCUGCCUCAAUGCUCAAGCAGUUUCCCAACAGUGGCCUGAAUCCAGGUCUUUUCAACGUGGGGCCCCAGUUAUCUCCUCAACAAAUUGCCAUGCUGAGCCAGCUUCCACAAAUUCCCCAGUUUCAGUUGGCAUGUCAGCUUCUCCUGCAGCAGCAGCAGCAGCAGCAGUUGUUACAGAACCAGAGAAAGCUUUCUCAAGCCGUGCGUCAGCAGCAAGAGCAGCAGCUGGCUCGAAUGGUCAGUGCACUGCAGCAGCAGCAGCAGCAGCAGCAGAGGCAACCAAGCAUGAAGCACUCACCAUCUCAUCCCGUUGGGCCCAAGCCGCAUCUGGACAACAUGGUACCCAACGCUCUGAAUGUGGGGCUCCCAGACCUUCAAACCAAAGGGCCAAUACCUGGAUAUGGUUCUGGCUUCAGCUCUGGCGGCAUGGACUAUGGCAUGGUUGGUGGGAAGGAGGCUGGAACCGAGUCUCGCUUUAAGCAGUGGACCUCCAUGAUGGAGGGACUGCCCUCUGUGGCCACACAGGAAGCCAAUAUGCACAAAAACGGCGCUAUAGUGGCCCCUGGAAAGACCCGAGGAGGGUCCCCGUACAACCAGUUUGAUAUCAUCCCGGGUGACACGCUGGGUGGCCAUACGGGUCCUGCUGGUGAUAGCUGGUUACCUGCCAAAUCUCCACCAACAAAUAAAAUCGGAAGUAAAUCCAGCAAUGCCAGUUGGCCUCCAGAAUUCCAACCAGGAGUGCCAUGGAAAGGUAUCCAAAACAUUGACCCUGAAUCUGACCCCUAUGUCACCCCAGGAAGUGUGCUGGGGGGCACAGCCACAUCUCCCAUUGUAGAUACUGACCACCAACUUCUGCGGGAUAACACCACAGGGUCUAAUUCUUCCCUCAACACCUCGCUGCCUUCACCUGGUGCCUGGCCCUACAGUGCCUCUGACAACUCCUUUACCAACGUUCAUAGCACUUCAGCCAAGUUCCCUGAUUACAAAUCAACAUGGUCCCCAGAUCCCAUAGGACACAACCCCACUCAUCUCUCCAACAAGAUGUGGAAAAACCAUAUUUCCUCAAGGAACACUACACCGCUGCCCCGCCCACCUCCCGGCCUGACCAAUCCCAAGCCGUCAUCUCCCUGGAGCAGCACAGCGCCCCGCUCAGUCCGGGGGUGGGGGACGCAGGACUCGCGGCUUGCCUCGGGCUCUACCUGGAGUGAUGGUGGUUCAGUGCGUCCUAGUUACUGGCUGGUUCUUCACAAUCUCACUCCACAGAUUGAUGGGUCAACCUUGAGAACCAUCUGCAUGCAGCAUGGCCCACUGCUGACAUUCCAUCUGAACCUAACCCAGGGCACUGCCCUGAUCCGAUACAGCACCAAACAGGAGGCGGCCAAGGCCCAAACUGCACUGCACAUGUGUGUGUUGGGAAACACUACCAUCCUGGCUGAGUUUGCCACCGACGACGAAGUUAGCCGCUUUCUGGCACAAGCUCAGCCCCCUACGCCCGCGGCAACCCCAAGCGCGCCCGCAGCAGGUUGGCAGUCCCUGGAGACCAGCCAGACCCAGUCAGAUCCCGUCGGACCUGCUCUGAAUCUUUUUGGUGGGUCCACAGGGCUCGGGCAGUGGAGCAGCAGCGCUGGUGGCGGCAGCGGGGCCGACCUUGCUGGCGCUUCGUUGUGGGGGCCCCCAAACUAUUCUUCUAGCUUGUGGGGAGUCCCAACCGUGGAAGAUCCCCAUAGGAUGGGCAGCCCUGCUCCUUUACUACCUGGUGACCUUCUGGGAGGAGGGUCGGAUUCAAUCUGAACUUAGAACUUUCAACUCUGACCUCGUGACCUUUUUUGGAACAGCAGCAGCACUAACUUGACCUUUUCGUUUUUUUUUUCAACUUGCAAUAAAUACAUUUUUAAAAGGAAAAAAGAAAACGGAGAGAGAAAAAAAGGUGGGUCAUUGACAGACUGUCUGAGCACAUAGUUGCCUCCCUUAUAACUUCAGUUUUUUCGUUUGGAAUAUGAAUCCAAAAAGAGAACAUAUCACUCUUGAAAUACUUGAAUCAUGAACGCCAACCUAGAAAGACAAUGUGAAGCAAGUACACAUACCAUUUAAAUUUAAACACAAAAAAAUUAAAAAAAUUAGUUUCUAGUUUUUCACUUUUUUCAUGUUAUAUGGAAGUUGUUGCUAAGAAACAUAUAUACUGAAAAAAAAAAUAGCUUUUUAACUUUGUUUGCACUGGGUGUGUUUCCGUCCUUAGGUCUACCAUGUUUGGGAGGGAGGGGAAUUCAAAAGAAUUGUUGGGGUGGGGGGAGGGAAGACUUGACGGAGCCUCACUUUAAAAACAAAAACACAAAAAACCUAAAAAAAAAAAAAAAAAAGAAAAAGAAAAAAAGAAAAAAUUUGUGAUUGGCUGGUUGAUAAAUACCAGUGUGUUCUGGCACAUGUAACUGCCCAGGCAUGCUCGUUCUGGUAUGUGUGUGCACGUGUGUUCAUGUGCAUUCGCGUGCAUCCUUCUCUCUGUCUCUGUGUGUGUGUGUGUGCCUGUGUCCUCUCCCCACCCCGACUUCUCAGAAAGCUGCAUUGCUGACAGUCCGCAGGCUGGCUGGCCGGCCAUCUGCUUUUUAUUUUUAUUUUAUUUUGUUUUUAACUCUGAGAACACACGAGCACGGGGAGUCACUGCUACUGAAGCGACCCCGUUGGGCUGUAUUUGAACAGAGUGCUUUUUAAUGAUGAAAGCAGGGAGCUCCUUUACUUUGGCAAAGUAGCCCGAGUUUUCCGUAGCUUUUCUCUUGACCUAGCAGUAGAGUGGAGCACUGCCAAGUCCCCCACAUUAGGAGAGCAGGAGGUACCUCUUGGAGCAACUGUGUGUUUAUUUAUUUCUGUUUUUCUUUUCUUUUUUUUUAAGUAAGUGGUCACUAGGCGCCUCUGAAUAUGUUCAAUUUCAUGCUAGCCUUUUCUUUGGUUUGAAUGGGAACAGAUGAAAAGAUCGUUUUUAAUUAUGUGAUGUCUCAAAAGCAGGAAAACUGUGGUGUUCCCCCUUUCUUGCAUAAUCAGGAAGGAGAAAUUCAUCCGAAAAGUCAGGUAAUGCGGAAUUGAAAUUUUCUAUUGGUUCUCUUUUUCAUUUUACAAAAACAGAAAAAAAUCAGUGGUGAGCAGCCUCCUGAAAGCAUCCGCAGCUCCUCCCUCUCUGCUCCUCUCUCGCUGAGCGUUACCUGUGCCAGGCCGUGGCGUGUUACAGCACCAGGCCAUCACUGACAGAAACGUUUA